AUGAAGGCCGCCACUAUCCUCGCUGCUGUUAUUGCCAUCGCUGGCACUGCCCUGGCUACAUGCGACAGCUGUGAUAAUCUUAAGGGUUUCGUUUGCGUUGUGGGGAAGGGAGGCCCCAACGUCCAUGGCUGUGGGACAUGCUGCGAUACUGCAGACGAAUGCACUCAGUUCAUCCAAGCGGGUCUUUGUGGCUAG